AUGAGCGUCUCACUCACCUCAUCCAUCUUCCUCUACUGCACACCCAUCCCCGCCGCGCCCACAGGUCCCGCCGCAACAUCAACAAGGCCGGCGCCGGCACCGACAGUCACGACCGAGUACACGGAGCAGUACAUCUACAUCGCGACCGCCGUCUGCCCGACCUGCCCGACCCCUGUGUGGGCGGCGACGUGGACCAUCAUCGAGACGUGUGUCGGCGACCCGUCCACGUGGACCCGCCCGCCCCUGCCGCCCAACUUCGUCACCUCGACCGUUGUCUGCGACAGGUGCGCCACCCGGACCCAGGUCGUUACCUGCCCGCUCCCCACGGACGAGCGAACGGCGGCCGGGGUCGACAUCCAGGGCGACGGCGUCACGGCCUCGCCUGCCACCACCAAUGCGGCCGUCACUUCCGCGCCUGCGGAGACGGCUUCGACGCGGCCGCCAGAUGCCACGGCUGCCGCUCCUGCGUCGGCGAGAGUGGGGAAGAGGGGCUUGUGGUUGUGUUGUGUGCUUGGCGUGACGUUGCUCACAGGACAGGGUUGGGUGUAAUGUACUCUGCUUGUCUGGGGUACGAAGGUCGUUUUCUCAGUCCACUCAUCUACUCUUGUUCUAUUCUUGCAAGUCUGUAUAGCAUCUGGCAUUUGGUGCGCUGUUCUUCCAUCUCUAAAUUUGUCUUGUUUGCCCGGGCACGUCCUCAUCUAGAUAGAUGUAGAACACAUAAGGAACAUGGCGUAAAUACAGAGCACAAGCUAUGAGUAGAACCUCACAGGAUACUAAACAGUAUCGUGUUUGACCUUGCGUGUG